GCUAGUCGCAACUUAAUCACUGGUCGUAAGUCGCAGUGUGAUGUGACCGUAUGACUUUUGACAUACAACUUAAUUACCAACAAACAAUACCAAAUACCUAUAAAUAUUUUAAAUUUAUAAAUUAAAUAUAAAAACCGCCAAGAUAUUUGAAAUUCACCAGGACUCAGGACUCUCUACCAAUACUAGUUCACUAGUACCAGUACCAGUUACAGUUCUAGCCUAAGAUGGUUCGUCAAUAACAACAAUCAUACAAACAAAUCGCAACAGUAACAGUAACAAGUGUUGAUAAAUAUAAUAUAUCAAAGAUCAAUAGUUAUAAUAAUAAGAGGAUAUAUUUUUUGAACUGUGAAAUGAUUAAAGAUAUGGUAGACGAUGAGGCAACUCAGGCCACAAAUGAUGACGCGAGUGAGUGCAAAAGACACGCGGUACAACUUGGAUACUGGACUGAUCCUUUUAUUAAUUUUUUUGUUCGUCAAACAAUACGCAAACCGCCAGAAAUAAAUCGCGGUUAUUAUGCAAGAGUUAAAGGGACUGAAUAUUUUAUUGAUAGAUUUUUAAAGUUAUCUGGUGGUAAAGGACAAAUAAUAAACUUGGGAGCUGGAUUUGAUACACUUUACUGGAGAUUAAAAGAUGCAAGAAAUAGUCCUCAAAAUUUUGUAGAGCUCGACUUUCCCAGUGUUACUGCUAAGAAAUGUUAUCAUAUUAAAAAACAUAAACAAUUAAUAGACAGGCUCAAUACUGAAGAUGGAGAAAUAAAAUUUUCCACAACAGACCUCCAUGCUGCAGAUUAUCAUCUCAUUGGAACAGAUCUGAGACAUAUAACAGAGUUAUCAAACAAAUUAACACAAGCAGAAGUUGACUUUAAUAGUCCAACAUUAUUUCUGUCUGAAUGUGUUCUCGUUUAUAUAGAUAGUAAUGCAGCCUCUGUCCUUAUUAAGUGGUUGGCUCAAAAGUUCCCUAAUAGUCUAUUUGUUAAUUAUGAGCAAGUCAAUAUGCGUGAUAAAUUUGGCCAAGUUAUGCUAUCUAAUUUACGAUGCCGUGGUUGUUUAUUAGCUGGCGUUGAAGACUGCGAGUCAUUAGAAACUCAACAGAGACGUUUUACCAUAAACGGAUGGGAAGGGUCGAGCGCAUGGACAAUGGUAGAAAUUUAUGAUUCACUACCAGAAUCUGAGAGAAUGAGAAUCGAACGAAUUGAAAUGUUAGACGAGAGAGAAUUAUUGACACAAUUAUUGCAACACUAUUGUAUUGCUAUUGCCUGGAAUGGACCGAUGUUCAAAAGUAUUGCAAUAGCCCAAGUUUAAUUAUGGCUAUAACUUAAAAGUAUAUUAUUAAUUAAUUAGAUAAUUAAUUAAUAAUAAUAAUAAUUAUAAUGAUAAUACGCCGCAACGUUACUCCAGGUAAAUGAAAAAAGAAAAGAAAAAAAAUAAUAAAUAUAAAAGGAUGUAAUGAAAUAAUUUUCAUUGUCAGGUACGUGAAAAAUUAUUUCGUAAGCUUUUAUUGUUGUCAUCGUGAUAAAAAAAAAUGAUAAAUAAACUCGUUGAAUUUUCCCGAGAGGAUAAAUAAAAAAAAUGAUAAAGUUUAUUUAGACUGAUCAAUUAUUGAAAAAUUAAUAUCAUAGAUAAACUUAAAUUAAUUAUCAAUACUGACAAUUAAAGUUUUUAAUUGGUAAUUAUAUGAUAAUAAUUGUUAUUAUUAUUAUUACACAGAAAAAAAGGAUUUCUUGGUGCAAGAUAAUUUUUUUAUUGAGAGAUGAAAGCAAAAUUUUCUUAGGACUAGAAAAAAUUAUAAUUCUGAAGUUAAUGGACAAUUCAAAAUUUUUGGAUUUUUUUUUCAACAGAUCAAUUGCAAUAAAACAAAAAUUAAAAAUAUGCACAUGUAGAAAAUUUAAAAAACUAUAGGUGCAAUUUUUUUAAAUAUUUUUUUUGUACAAUUUAUUGAUAAAAAACAAAUCCGAAAAUUAAUAGUCGUCGUCUAACUUCAAUAUCAUCAAAAACGUCUUGUUCUCAGGAAAUUUUUAUUUUCAAUUCGUAUGCAAAAUAUUUUGGCGGGCAAGUAAAAAUUUUUGUAAGGCGAGUGAUAAUUUUUUGCGUCAAGAAAUCCUUUUUUUUUGUGUAGAUAUUUUUGAUUCUUGAUAUAGUUUAAUCUUUGUACUACUUAUACCUCGGAAUGGAUUUUUUUCUGUGAUUUUAUAGUGAUUCCAGUGGAUAAAUAUUUAUAUUUAAAAGUAUUUUAAAUAAUUAUUCUCGGUUAAGAUGAGAAAAAGGUUUUUAUAAUUAUAAAAUAGGUUUUUUUUUGUUUUCUCAAUUAAAAAAAAAUUUUUUUUUUUAUUUAGAAUUGUUAUAAAAUAAAAUUUUACACUUAAAGGCGACUGUGAGCUGUAUUUAAAAAAUAAUUGUUAGUAUAAAUGUCAUUUUUUUUUAUAUUUAAUUGUUUUAUUAACGUUAAAAUUUUUAUUUUUUUUUUUUUUACAUUGAAUCGAUUUUAUUUUUCUUUCUUACUCGGUUUAAAUUUUAUAAAACUUUUAAAAUAUUUAACAAUCAGAGUAACAGAAAGUAAAAACAAUUAACAAUAUAGAUAUUUAUAAACUCGUCAAUAUUUUUAAUAAAUUUUUUUUUUGUAAAAGUAAUUACAGAAAAUUAAAAUAAUGAAUUUAAAAUAAAAAUUGAAAUUAAUUAAAUAAAAUAAAAUUUAAAAAAUCUAUUCUCGAGCGCGUUAAUUCGCAGUAGGAAAUUGUUAUAACAAUAAAUUUUUAAUUACUUCUAACAAUCGGCCUUUUAAGUUAAGAUUCUUUAUUAUUUUUUUAAAAUCUAAUGGAUAACAAUUUUAUAAUUAAUUUAUUGCUUGAUAGCUCAUUAAUUAUUGAUAGAUUUUUAAAAAAAUUUUUAUCGUACUACUAAAAGUAUUUUCAUAAAUUAAACUAAACUUCACUAAAUAGCUCGACUGCGAUUUAUCAAGUCUUUAAACUGAUUAUUUAACUACCAACUUUCUUAGUCAUAAAAAAAAAAAUUAUCAUUCUGUUUACUUAAAAAUUCGCGCAUAAGAUAAGAAAUUCAUUGAAAAUGAAUAAAAAUAAGUAUAAAUCAAUCAUGAGACUUAAACUUCAUAAAAUGGAUAAUCAGGGUCGUGGAUUUACUCAACGUAAAAAAAAAACAACUAAAUAUUUAUCUCAAAAUCAUAAAAUUUUGGCUUGGAUCAAUAAUUAAAAAUAAAAUAUUUAAUUCCCCGCUUAUUUUUUGCCAACAAUUUUUAAUUACAAUAAAGUUAUUAUUUUCAAAAUCGAAAAAUUUUUUAUGUAGAAAAUUUUCAACGCUUUUCGUUAAAUUCUUUGUCGUAUAAUAAAUUAAUUUGCUGUGUUAAAUAACUUUUUAAUUAAAAAUUAUUUUUGCAACACAAUUCUAUGACUCAGCUUUCAAAAAAAUGUUUUUACAUAAUAUUUUUCUCCCCGUAAUUAUUUGAAAAAUUUCUCCCCCUCACAUACACGCAGUAAUUUUUUUUGGCGUAUAAAAAUAAUCUAAAAAAAAAUUUAUGGCCAAAAAUGAACGAAGCCACAAAUAAAAAAAAAAAUUAAUUUUAUGUUACGCUACCAGAUAAAAUACUCAAUGUAAUACAUACUUAUCUGUAACAACAAGUUAAAUGUUUGAACGUUGUCUGAAAUGCUUAUCCUUGAACCUAGUCGCUAAAAAAAAAAAAAAAAGUAUAAGUAAAACUAAAAUUUGAAUAAAAAUAUGUAUAUUUUGCUGUUAAAAGUAUUUAAAAACUAAAUACCUGGAGUAACAUAUAUAUUAAAUAAAUGAAAAAAGAAGAAAUGAUAUAUUUUUCUGAAUAAAAAAAAAAAUUGUACGUCGAAUAUAAUCGCAGUGUCUAAAAAUAAUCAUCUCAUAAACUAUCAAUUGUAUUUUUCGAUGUGCUAAGACUGUUUUUUAUUUAGUACAUAAACUUAACUUGUCAAUCAUUAAUGCGCAAGUUUUUAUUAUGUAGGUAAAUAAUUUUGAUUAAUAUAAAUAUAUAUAUAUAUUGAAUAAUUUAUUAUGAUGAAAGAAAAGUGCGCAGUCGCUCAAAAAUUGUCCAGCCAAAUCAAUCAGUUUCACUAAUGAGUAAAUUAAAUUAUUAGUCAAUGGAUUAUUAAAUUAAAAGUAAAACUAAAAAAAAUCAAUUUAUCAACGAAUUAGCACAUGCAUAUUUUUUAUUGUAAUGCACCAAAGAUUACACGAGCUGUCUGCCAACACUAUUUUAUUCUUGUUAAAUAAAACUAAUACGAUUUAAAUUUAGCAUUAAAAAAUAUUUAUUAAUUAAUUGUAACUUUUAUUAAUGAGUUUAAUUAUUUUUCGAAUAUUACAUCAGCUGAAUAUUUUAAAUCAUUUUUUUUUCCUUUCAUUUAUGAAUAUGUAUGUUAUUAAUUUGUCUGUUAAUGAAUUUUUUGGUUAAAGUUUUUUUUUUAUGCCAUGAUUUUUUUUUUUCCAUAAAAGUUAAAAAGUUUUUCUUGAAAUAUUUUUUCUAAUAAUUAUAAAAAUUUGAGUAAUUUACAGAUUUUUUAAUUUUUUUGUAGCACUGAAUUUUUUCAAAUUAUCAAUGAGAAAAAAGAAAAAAAAGUUCUGUAAAUACGUAAAAUAUUUAAAGUAAAUUUGAUUUAUAAUUUUUUUCUGUCUUGCUGACCUUUUUCUGGGGUAAAUUGUUUUUGUGACGUUUGUAAAUAAAAAAUAUAAUUUCCUGUUUUAGAAUCACUGCUAGAUUAAUUUUUUUCAUUUUUUAAUUAAUAACUUAUUGAUCCACUUGAUGUUUCCACAAGAAUUUCUUUUUUAUUGAUUUUUAAUCAUAAAUAUAAAUCAGUGCAGGCAAUUCUGUUCUUUAAUUAAAAGAACAAAAUUUUAGGAAGUAUUAAUUUUUAUUAAAAAAAAUUUUCAAAAUCAAAACUUAAAUUUAAUUAUUUUGUGAUUUUCAUAAAUUAUUUUUUGUUGACCUUUCGACCGAAAGUUUCCCCAAUCGUAAUUAAUUAUUAAACUAUUUAAUAAUUAAUUUUGACUCCUAAAUAACUAAAUCACUCUCAGUAAUUAAAAACUCUUCUAAUAACUUAAUGAAAACUUUUAAAUUAAAAGUUAAAUAUUCAGCUGAUAAAAUUACUAUAAAUUUUUAAAUAUUUUUUCGCAACAAUUUAAUAAUUUCCACUAAUUAUAAAUUUUAUUUUAUAAUUCUGCUUCUCGUUAAUUUAUUUUUCAGUACAACAGUUUAAUGUUGACGUAAAAUUAAAAAAAAACUUGAAUCCUUAUCAAAUAAUUUAAAAAUAAAAUUGCUAUUAAUAAUUUUUUUAAAAAUUAAUAAGAUAAUAAAUUUAUUGAAGUAAUUUUAGUCAUGUGCUUCCAUUUAUAAUUAUUUUAAAAAUAAUAACCAUAAUCAAAGAUAAUUUAUCUUAACAAAUAAAUUUUACUUAAAAAUAAAAUUUACUCAGCAAAUAAAUUUAAAAAAUCAUAAAUUGCUUAAUUAUUUAGUUG